AUGACCGAUGAUCCAGAAACGUACUUUUGCUUAACAGCAGCAAAGAACCAAACACGUAACUUCUCGACUACAGAUGAUGAUAUUAAAUUAACAUUAUCCAUGUAUGAAUACAAAAUUCGUCUAUUACAAGAAUUCUUUGGCGGGCUUUGGGGAAUUAACGUCUUCGUGUUAGACAAUACUCAUAAUUCAAACAUUGUGUUUUACUGA